AUGCCCUCUCCUAUCAUCCGCGUAUGCUCCAUCGGCAAGGUCAAAAGACCUUGCGUCGAGCUCUCCAUACUCGACGCUGUCCUAGAUACAGCUACGGCUUACCACAACGGCAUCUAUCAUCUUCCGAUCAACGCUUACACGAAUGGUGCGAGGCCAGUCGCUGACAAGAGCCCCUUUUCGAGGCUACUCAUCAAUGGCGAGAUCAACAAUGUGCACGCAAAACACGUUGCGGCUGCUCUGGAGUGCAUCGGUGAGUAUGUCGAGCAUCUUCGCCUCCAGUUCCAAAUCAAUGCCUUCGCACCCACCGGUGCUGACGAAGAUCUGGUCAUCCUUUGUCGAGGCUCUCUACCAUUUGCGUAUGCUCCCGGGACGAGGUCUUGGAGCCUCGUCCUCGAGUUCGCUAAUUUCUAUGUCUGGCGCUGUGCUGAUGUUGACUGCAAACGUAUCAACGUAGGUACGAGGAGCUGCAAAGACCUUGAGCAUGGACUUUCGCACAUUGGCGAGCUACUCUAA